GACUUAAAUUUGAAAGAUUAGCGGUUAGCAAUCAUCACCAUAUUCUCAUAAACUUGGAGUGAAUUCAUUCUAUGGCUGACAGCUUAGAGCAGAUAUAGCUCUCACCUUGUUCAUGGCUUCCUCAUUCCCAAAUCCUUCUUUCCCCCAUUGUUCCUUCCUAAUAUCCAAUUCAACCUCAUCCACACAUUUCCCCUUAUCUUAUCCUCCAACUUCCCUCACUGUCUUCCCCCAAAUUUCCUCCACCAAAAAUGGGUCCGUUUCAAAAAUUCAUGGUAAGUUCGAGAAAUUUCAAGGCGAGACUCCCCAAGACGAUGUAUUAGAUGCUAAUCCAUCAUCGUCGUUGCAACAACAGCUGAGUCAGGAGGUUGAAGAAGAUGACAGCUGUUUGCCUUCAGACUUGGAGGGAGCAGUUAGGCAAUCUGGAGAAGCUGCUGGCCUGUUUGUGUCUUCGGGAGGAGCAAGAGCAAUAGUUGAGCUCCUUAUCCCCCAGCUUCAGUUUCUGGACGAUGAAGGUGCUCAGGCUGAACUCUGGGAACUCUCAAGAGUUUUCUUGGAGUCACUCAUUGAGGAAACAAAUUGUGAGAAAGUUAAAGCUGUGUUUCCAGAUGCUGGGGCUGCUGCGCUUCUAGAAUAUCGAUGGAAAGAUGCCUCCUUCAAAAUUUCCAGCUUAAGCGAUCGAAAACCUGUAGAUAUUGCAGAUGAGAUAGUUGUUAUGGUUGUUCCUGAUUACCAAAUGUUGGAAAAUGUACAGAAAAUUGCAGCUGCCCUCUCAGACGAUCCGCCAAGGCCUCUUAUCAUGUGGAACCCUCGUCUCAUCAGCGAAGAUGUAGGGGUUGGAUUUAACGUUCGAAAAUUGAGAAGAUACUUUUUAAGCACGUUUACAACAGUCUACUCCAUGAGGCCUUUGCCAUCUGGAGCUGUCUUUAGAGCUUAUCCUGGGUUAUGGAAAGUGUUCUAUGAUGACAAAGAUAGGCCUGGCAGAUAUUUGCUAGCCAAAGAAUUAAUAAGCCGUCCAGAUGCUGGAGACCUCGAGAUAAUAUUUGGAAAUGUAGCCGAUUCAGACCAGGACCCGUCAUUUUUGGACAAAGCAGCUGGAGUUCUCUCUUCAUUAACCCGAUUCAUGAAGGCAAUUUCAAAAUAAGCAGAGCAAUUUUCCUUGAUGUGUUUAAAAAUAAUAGGUCCUUGUAUAUUAUGAACUCCAAACGCAAUCUAUUCUGUCUUUAAUGAGUUACCUUAAAUCUAAUCACUAGUUCCAGAAACCAAAGCAGGGUCCAUUUUCUUGAUA